AUUCAGAAAUUGGCAAGUUAGCGUUCUUUAAAAUUUCACCUUUCGUCUUUGUGAUUGAAACAGGUGAACACAAUUAAUUUUUUUUUGGAAAAUUUAAAAAAACGUGAAAACAUCAAGCAUUUUUUUGUAAUGGAAGGUGAAGAAAAUGUUGAAUCAAAUACAAUUGAAUCAUCCGAAUCAACAACGAACAAGGCUACAAGUAGAACAAAACGGGUAAUCGAUGAUAAAAAUAGGAAAAAAGAUGAAAAAUAUAUUGAUAAUUUAAUACGACAUUUAAAACCAGAAGAAAAGUUACCAGUUCUAGUCAAUAAAUGUGUGGAAUUGUUAAUGGAACGUAGAAAUUUGGAUCAGUCAUUGAAAACUGCUGAGAAAAAUAUUACGGUUUUACAUCGAGAAUAUGACCAAGUAGUUAAUGAAAAACAUCGACAAAUAUUAAUCAAUUCUCGCCUAGAAAAUUUAUGUCGUGAACUUCAAAAACAAAAUAAAAGUAUUAAGGAAGAAACAUCUCAACGAAUGAAAGAUGAGGAAGAAAAACGAAAAGAAGUAUCAAAUCGUUUUCAAGCAACAAUUAACGAAAUUAAUAGUAUGAUGCAACAAGGUAACGAAAAUAACACCAAAUUACGUGACGAUAAUAUUGCAUUAAAUUCCAAGUUUCAAAUAUUAUGUUCCCAUGUUGAAAAACGCGAGGAACAAGUCGAAGCAUUAAUUAAACAAAUGGAUAUUGAACGUAAAUUAUCUGAAGCAACAAUUGAACAACGUAAUUGUGAAAUAUUAGCAAAUCAAGAAACAUAUAAAAAGGAAAAAGAAGUAUUACGUAACGAAUUAGAAAUACAAAAAUUACAAUGUGAUGAAUUUCGUAAAGCAUCAGAAAGUUUACGACAACAAAUUCAAAUGUAUCGUGACCAGUGUGAAGAUUUUCAUUCGGCCGUUGCAAAGAACAAUAACAUGUUUGAAACAUUUCAAUCCGAAAUGGAUAAAAUGUCUGUGAAAUUACAUCAAAUGGCUAAAGAAAAUGCAAUGUAUCAAGAAAAAUUUAAAAAAUCGAAUUUACAGUUAAUUGACUUAUGUCGGGAAAAUCAACAAUUGAAGGAAACUCAAAUACAGUACGAUAAGCAGAUCCAAAUUCUUAAAGAUCUGUGCCGAGCCAUGCAGACGGAACGCUUAGAUUUAUAUCAACGCAUAGAAAAAAAUAAACCAUCAUCUGAAGUUAUUAUUAAUAAUCAUUCAACCAUCGAAAAUUUACCCCCACCAAUUGUACCAGAACCAACCGAUCCACUUAAUGAAAAAAAUGAAGAAACGCUUCAAACACCGGAUGCGCUUGAGCAAAAAGAAGAGAAUUUACGUCAACUUAAAUCUAGUCUUAAUAUUUUGCGUGAUGAGUUAAAAUGUAUUCAACAAAAAGAGGACAUUGAUCAACAAAUACAAAGUCUUGAAAUUCAGGAACCUGCAAAAACUACUGAAACAAAUCAAGUUUAAAAUCGUUGCACUGAAAAAAAAAACCUAUACCCAUUUUUAUUUAUUAUUGGUUUCGUUUUUUGAUGGCGAGUGAUUUCGAUUGAAACACAACGAAAUUUUUGCAGUAUACAAAUUUUUUGUGAAGUUGCAUAAACUGUGUUAAAAUUUCAAAUUUGACGUUAUGGCUAAAUUUUAUUGACGAAAUGUUUGAAUUUCAAAAGAUUUUAGGCUGAACAUUUUUUUUCUCUCAAUUCGAUUGGAUUUUUCAUAAUAACGUAACUUUAAAAAAAAUUUAUAAGUAA